CCACCAGCCAGCAACUUCAACAGCAUUCACAUCCAGCCCUUUGCGCCAACACGACCGCACCUCCCAUCUCCUCACAAACCUCAAAACUCUAUCGCGCACCGCGCGCCACAACUACCGCAACAAUGAGCUUCAUCCCCCUCAACCCUCGCCCGAUGCUCCAAGGCCUCGUAAACAAAGACGUCAUCGUCCGCAUCAAAUGGGGACAAGAAUACACGGGACGAUUGGUUUCCGUGGACUCGUAUAUGAAUAUCCAACUCAGUGGUGCGGAAGAAAAAGCGGCGAAUGGACAGGAUGGUGGGGUUUUGGGACAGGUUUUGAUUCGAUGUAACAAUGUCCUAUGGAUUUCGGCAAAGGAUAAGCAGGCGAAUGGGGAUGCGGAGAUGGCUGGGUAAAAGACGGCAGACUGAGUGGGUGGAAGCGAAUAGUUGAAGACUAGUUUCGCACAUCUCGCGCCAGAAUAAUGCGAGAGAAGCAUAUGCGCGAGCCUUGAAGAGACUCUGCAGUGAAGCUGAGGAGGGUUCGGACGCUGCAGGACGGAACACCUUCCUUCAAGGGACGAGGAAGCAGAUGCUCGACAUGGACGUGCCGUGGCGAGCUUGUGGAACAAGCAGAGGAUACGCCAAACAACCACCAAAAUUGCGUUGCAUUGGACGCUACGAUCAGGUUAGUAGCAUGCAUCAAAUGAUCACGAAA